CAGGGCCGUGGGAUCCUAAUCCAGCGGUGACCAUGCAUCGCAUAGCAGAGCCACUCACUCGCCUGCCCCCAGUUCCCCUCCCCUCCGAGCGCGGCGACGGCGCCGCCGCACGCCGGCGCUCCAUAGCGAUUCACGACGCCCAUCUCUUUCCCAGGCAUUCAAACGGAGGAUCCUCGCAUCUCCUCUCGUUGGCGGCAUGGCGUGCGCUCUCCCCUCACCCAAUCUCGCGUUUCAAUCUCAGCCCGGCCGUCGACGACGCUCUCCUCCCCCGCUGCCGCCGCCGGAGGAGAACUUGAUCGCGGCCGCGCGUGAGGCCCAGCGCAGGGAGGCCCCUUCUCUCAGUUCAAUCUGGAAGAAUUUCAGUUCCUGAUGGUGAUCUACUGCUCAAGAUCGAGUUUCCGAUGCCAAGUUUCUGCUUGCUAUGCUAUUGCUAGGGACUUUGCUAGCUAGUCUUCACUUCACUGCUAUGUUCCUCCUCCUCCUCCUCUACUGUUUAGUAGGCAGAAUUGAGAAUACCCAAAGAGAUGAGAGUGAUGAUGAAUAGACAGCUGGUGUUCCCUCGGUCUCACUUUUUCACGCACAUGUGAAAUAUUCGUCUGCCCUCUCUCAGUUACCGUGCUUCAUUUCAUUUCCUCUCAUCCAUGAGCGGAGAUGGUGCUUUGGCUCAAAUUUGCCCGCUGGGCAUGGAGAUAUUGCAUUUUGGGCCUUUUUUUGGUCGAUAGAUGAUUUGACUGCUGCGUCUGCUGCUCCAGGAUGUAGAUGUAUCUCUGAGGGAGUGUACGUAGGUUCUUCCUCACAGCCCAACAAACCAUCCACCUGUGUGUGAAGAGAAACAGGGAGAGGUUCGAUGGUUAUAUGGAAUCAAUAAAAUAAAAUGAGAUCUGCUGAGUGGGUUAGACUGCACAAUGAAAUAAGGGGGGCGAUCUUUGGAUGUUGGUGCUGAAAUGAGAAUUCGGUGAGUAAGAUUUGGUGACUUGGUUGGAGUUGCUCUCAACAACCAUCAUUUGACAAAAAAGAAAACCUCAACAAUCAUGGCGGAGGCUGUUGUCGGGCAGCUGGUGGUCACGUCGGGGGGUGCGCUGGCAAAAGAGGCAGCGACGUUUGGUGGUGCGCUGCUGUGCAAGGAAGCCGCCGCCCUCAGGGGCAUCUUCGGUAAGAUCCGCCGGUCGAAGGCGGAGCUGGAGAUCAUGCAGGCCUACCUGCAGGAGGCGGAGUGGUUCAAGGACACAGACAAGACCACCGCCAUUUUCGUCGGCGAGAUCAGGGGCCUCGCCUUCCAGAUCGAGGAUGUCGUCGACGAGUUCACCUACAAGCUGGAGGAAUGCAAGCACAGAGGGUUUGCCGGCAAGAUGAAGAAGAGGCUCAAGCAUAUCAAGACCUGGCGCCGCCUGGCAGCCAAGCUCCAAAAAAUCGAAACCCAGCUGCAGGAUGCCAACCGGAGGAAGAGGGAUUAUGCUGUCACCGGCAGAUCUGCUUCUGCUGCCAGAUCGAUGAAUCAAGGUCAAGCUUUGCAAUUCACCAGGGAUGAGGAUCUUGUGGGGAUCGAGGAGAACAAGGAGAGGUUGAUACGAUGUCUGACAGGCGGUGGUUAUGGUCUGGAGCAGAGCAGCAGCAAAGUCACCAUGGUUUGGGGGAUGCCUGGUGUUGGUAAAACCACUCUGGUUGAUCAUGUGUACAACACCGUGAAAGUGGAAUUUGACGCUGCGGCGUGGGUAACUGUGUCAGAAAGUUAUCGCAAUGAGGAUCUGCUGAAGAAGAUCGCCACCCAGUUCGGCAUCACAGACGACAUCACCAACAUUGAGAUGAGAGGCCUAGCAAAGUCCAUCCACAACUACCUUCAAGGUAAAAAGUACAUCUUGGUCCUGGAUGAUGUUUGGGCUGAGCGCUUGUUGCCGGAGAUAAGGAAUGUCUUCCCAACAUCUAAUUGUACCGGCCGAUUUGUUAUCACAUCAAGAAAGCAGGCCGUGUUGUCAACUAGGGAGUCUGCAUAUGCAAUUAACUUGGAACCACAACAGGCACAUCACUCCUGGGUGUUGUUCUGCAAAGGGGCUUUUUGGAAUGCUGAUGACAAAAAGUGCCCGUUGGAGUUGCAGGAAUUGGCUCAGAAGUUCAUAGCAAAGUCUCAAGGCUUGCUUAUUGCUAUUGCAUGCAUUGGCCGCCUACUCUCCUACAAACCCCAAAAUUCUACUGAACGAGAGGAUGUGUACAGGUGUUUGGAUUCGCAGUUUGCGAAAGAUGUGAUCGCUGAUGCUCAUUUGAUCCUAAAGGUCAGCUUGGAGGACCUUCAGUAUGAUUUGAAGAAUUGUUUCCUACACUGUGCAUUGUCCCCAGAAGGUUAUGUAUUAAAGAGGAGGAAGACAAUGAGGCAGUGGAUCACGGCAGGGUUUAUCACGGUAAAAAAUGAUAGCAAAACAUUGGAGGAAGUGGCAGAGGGAUACUUGGUUGAGCUUGUGAACCGAAGUUUAUUAUAGGUAGUGGAAAGGAAUUAUGCCGGUCGACUGAAACAUUGUCGGAUGCAUGAUGUUAUACGCCUUCUUGCCCUCAACAAAGCCAAUACAGAAUGCUUUGGUAAAGUUUAUUAUGGCUCUGGUGGUACUGGGGCAUUAUCUUUAGAAUGUGCACGUCGCAUAUCAGUCCUAGGGGAAAACAUUGAACAACUGGGCCUAUCUGGUCCAACACAGCUUCGUGCGCUCCAUGUAUUUGAGAAGUGUAUCAAUGUUGAUUUGCUGAAGCCUACCCUGACAUCUUCUAAUUUGUUGUCGACAUUGGAUUUGCAAGGUACUCAUAUCAAAAUACUACCCAAUGAAGUAUUCAACUUGUUUAAUCUGCGUUAUUUGGGCAUUAGAGAUGCAGAGAUCGAAAGCUUGCCUGAAGUAGUGGGGAGGUUACAAAACUUGGAAGUCCUGGAUGCUUUCCACUCUAAACUAAUGUAUCUACCAAACAAUGUUGUGAAACUUCACAAGUCGAGAUACCUCUACACAUAUGAUGCAUUGGAAACUGGAGUCAAGGCGCCUAAUGGCAUUCAUCACUUGGCACAACUGCGGGCUCUUCAGUUUGUCAACGCCACUUCAGACUUUCUGCGUGAAGUUGCAGCUCUGACAGAGCUAAGGACAUUCGGUGUCUGCAACGUGAGAACUGAACACUCUGCUGACAUGAGCAAUUCUAUCAUCAGAAUGAGCCAUCUUGUUCAUCUCGACAUUAGUGCAGCAGCAGAGGAUGAGGUGUUGAGGCUGGAAGGGCUAUAUUUACCUCCAACCCUUUCUAUGCUUUGUUUAGCAGGGCAGCUAGAAAAAACAUCGAUGGCUCAGCUUUUCUCUUCCUGGUCACACCUUAAUAGCCUCACUCGGUUGCACCUGGCAUUCUCCAAUAUCGAUGAGGAAACAUUUUCUUGUCUGUUUGUGUUACGCGGUCUACACUUUCUUGUGCUAGCCAAGGCUUUUGAAGGGAAGAGGUUGGAUUUUCACGCUGGGUCAUUUCCAGAACUUAGGCAUCUAUGGAUAGUGGGCACACCACAGCUCAGCCAAGUUGGAAUAGAGAAGGGUGCGAUGCAAAACCUCGUUGAGCUAUUGUUCGAAGACUGCCCCGAGCUAAAGUUUCUUCCUGAUGGCAUAGAACACCUUGCAGCCCUUGAGAAAUUAUAUCUGGAGAACACAUCAGAAGAGCUGAUAGAGAAGCUUCGGCAGGACAGAGAUUCAGACGAAUUCAGUGAAGAUAUAAUGAAGAUUAGCCACAUAAGGAAUGUUACAGUUUAACUGACGCAGAAAGGAAUAGUAGAAAGGAUAAGGUGA